CUUACAACGGCCCAUCGGCGAGAUUACAAAAGUCUAUAAAAAUUGGUCAAAUCGUACGAACAGAAGCCAUUGUGUUGCUCGUGAUUGAUUGAGCUGAACGUCGGGAUGAGGAGCUUUUUGGUGGCCUUUGCGGCGAUUGCCCUGGUGGCCCUCGCCAGCGCUGAACAGGUUUCUUAUAGAGACUAUAAAGUGUACAAAAUUGAUGUCGCAAGUCGUGACCAGCUUGAACUUCUUGGACAUUGGCGUGAAGUUGACGGGGUUGACUUCUGGGACAAUGCUGGACGAAGAAUUAUGAUCCAACCAGCACUUCAGGAGAAGUUUGAGGCUUUCCUGAACGUCAACAAAAUCGCCAACGAGCUGAUCAUUCCCGAUGUUGAAGCAACAAUUGAAGCCGAACGUCGGUACGACUUGCAGUACCGUCGUACCAAGGGAGCUACUUCCGGCCGAGCAACGGUUGACUUUGACCACUUUUGGUCUACGGAGGAAAUCUAUCAGUACCUGGAUGAGCUGGCCGCUGAGUUCCCCAACCUGGUGAAGGUUGAAACCGUUGGUCAAACGCACGAAGGUCGCGACAUCAAGUCCGUUACAAUCUCCACCACGAACGGACAGGUAAGCGGAACGAAGCCCGUGAUCUUCAUUGAUGCUGGAGUUCAUGCGCGUGAAUGGGCCGCCAUCAUGUCCACAGUCUACCUGAUCCACGAGCUGGUCGAACACAGCGACCUUUACGCCAACAUGCUCCAAAAGGACUGGGUCAUCGUUCCUGUUGGCAACCCUGACGGAUACGAGUUCUCCCGCACUAGCAACCGCAUGUGGCGCAAGAACCGCUUCCCAGUGACGAUUCUCUGCUCCGGUGCCGACCUGAACCGCAACUUCAACUACAUGUGGGCCGCGAGCAGCAAUGCUUGUUCCGACACCUACCCGGGAGCAUCGCCCGAGUCGGAACUGGAAACCCAAGCCAUCGUCGGCCUGAUGAAGCGUUACGCUGCCAACCUGGAACUGUACCUGGCGGUGCACACGUACGGCGAUAUGAUCCUGUACCCGUUCGGUUACGCGUGGCCCUUCAUCCCGGUCUCGAACGCGGCCGAACACAUUGCCAUGGGCGAACGGGCCCGUGCCGCCGUGUUGGCCGUUGGUGGUCCCGAUUACGUUGUCGGUAAUAGCGCAGAGAUUUUGUACACGGCGAACGGAGCUAGCGAUGAUUAUGCUCUCGGAGAGGGCGGAUUCAAGUACGGAUUUACGCUGGAGCUGACCGGUGGUGGUAGGCAAGGAUUUGAUCUGCCUGCAGAGGAAUUGUCGCGGGUUGCGAGUCAGACGUUUGAGAUCUUCCGGUCGAUGGCUGGAGAUGUUUGAGGAAAUACAGGAG